UGUCCUCGCUUUUGACGCUGAGGGUCGAGCCAUUGACUUUGAGGUCUGGGUCGACGACCUGCAGCUGUUCUUACAGUGCGAUAGGGCGGACAGUCUUUCCCUCUUUGACCUCACCUCUGGCGCCUCUCCUGCCCCUGCUGCUGAUGCUGACCCCACUGUUCGCUCUCAGUGGGCCACCCGCGAUGCUGCUGCACGUCUUGCUGUGCGUCGCCACCUGCCUACCACUGAGCGCGCGCACUUUAGUCAGUACAAGAGUGCUCAGACCUUGUACGACGCUGUAGUUGCGCGCUACUCUUCCCCUGCCACUGCUGCCCUGAGCCGCCUCAUGCUACCGUACCUCUUUCCUGACCUUGCUGCCUUUCCCACUGUCGCUGACCUCAUUACGCACCUCCGCACUAGUGACACUCGCUACCGCGCCGCCCUUCCUGCUGAGUUCUGCGCCAAGAACCCCCCCCCCAUGUACAUCACUCUCUAUUACAUAGUCACACGCCUCCCUGACUCCCUUCGCGUAGUCAGGGACCACUUCCUCUCAGUCUGUCCCACCACUCUCACUGUCGACCUCCUCGAGAAGUCCCUCCUGGCGGCGGAGAAGAGCAUCGUCGCUGUAGGAGCCUCUCGUGGUGACCCUCGCACCCCCAUCUUUGAGGGGUGUUCUCCUUCCCCCCUGCUGCCCUCUGUUGCCUCUGCUGCUGCUGCCGACCUGCUUGGUCUUGAGUCGGUCUGCGCGGCGUCUGCCCCUAGCGGGAGACGCCGCCCUGGCAGGGGCAAGGGGGGCAAGGGCGCGGGUGGAACUGGCGGGGGCGGUGGAGGAGGCGGUGGAGGCGGCGGAGGGAGUGGGGGUGGCGGUGGGAGUGGUGGCGGGGGCGGUGGGGGCGGUGGCAGCAGCGGAGGAGGAGGCGGUGGUGGCGGCAGCGGUGGGAGCGGAGGCAGCGGUGGUGGUGGAGGUGGAGGCGGCGGUGGCGGAGGGGGUGGAGCUGGUCGGGGUGGUGCCCCGCAGCGUAGCGGCUCUGGUGGUGGCCAGCGUCAGCAGCAGCAGCAGCAGCAGCGUUCGCGGGACAUCCCCCCGCCCCAGCAGCUCCGUGAGUGGUACACGCAGCGUCAGCGGGGUGGGGGUUUUUGUCCGUGCACCUACGUCCUUCGUUCCGGCGACCGCGCGGGUGAGCAGUGUGGGGGUGCCCACCCCACCCAGCGCUGCUUUGGCCGCCUGACGGACGCUUGGCGUCAGCAGUUCCCCGAGGCUAGUGAGAUUCCCCGUUGGGGAGAGCUGUCUAGGGCUGGCGUAGCUAUCUUUGAUCUUGACUUUGAUGCUAUCCUUGCUGCCAUGUAUGCUGUGACUAUUAGUGAGGAGGGUGACUGUUACCGGUGUUUCCCGCCCGACCCGGGCAUUGGUACUGCUGCGCUAGGUACUUCUGCGGCUGCUGCUCUAGGUGCCAGUGCGUCUGCACUCUCAGGUACUGGUGAGGCUGCGCUCUCAGGUACUGCGUCGGCUUCGGCCUCCCUCACCUUCACGCUUGACUCAGGGGCUUCUCGCUCCUUCUUUCGAGACCGCACCACACUCACGCCGCUUGGCCGGCCGGUUGCAGUCUCCCUGGCUGACCCCUCUGGGGGUCCUGUCCUCUCUCACUUCUCCACUGUCCUCCCGUGUCCGGCUGCCCCCUCGGGCACCUUGUCUGGUCUGUACCUCCCCUCGUUCUCGACGAACUUGGUGAGUGGUGCUGACCUGCAGGAUGCGGGGGUUCACCAGUUUACUCCUGCGAGUCAGCGGGUGACCCACUGCUCGGACGCCCGCACAGGCCGACACCUGGCCACGUUUUCGCGUCGGCCGGGGUCGAGUCUCUACACCCUGACCACUGAGUCUCCUCCUGUCCCUGCGUCUGGCCAGUUAGCUGCGUCGGGUCAGGUGUUUGCUGCUGCGUCCAGGUCUGGUCCUGAGUCUGCCCCCUGCUCGUGUCGCCGCCUGUCUCAGGAGACUCUCCUGUGGCACCACCGUCUUGGCCACCCCUCCUUGCCUCGUCUUCGGGGCAUGGCUUCCCGUGUCCUUGUCUCUGGUCUUCCCCGGUCUCUCCCUCCCCUUCCUUCGGGACCCGGACCUUCCUGUGUCCCCUGUGUCGAGGGGCGGCUCCGGGCUGCCCCUCACUCCUCCCAGUUUCCCCCGACAGAGGCUCCUCUGCAGACGCUUCACAUGGACGUGUGGGGCCCGGCCCGCGUCCGUGGGCAGGGUCACGAGCGCUACUUCCUGCUGGUGGUUGACGACUACUCGCGUUACACCACAGUCUUCCCCUUGCGCAGCAAGGGUGAUGUCACUGAGGUGUUGAUCGACUGGAUCCGCGCAGCUCGUCUCCAGCUCAGGAGGAGCUUCGGCUCGGACUUUCCUGUUCUGCGUCUGCACUCUGACCGAGGUGGAGAGUUCUCCUCUGGCCUUCUGCGAGCCUACUGUCGUGCACGAGGCAUCCGCCAGACCUUUACGCUUCCGGACUCUCCACAGCAAAAUGGGAUUGCUGAGCGCCGCAUUGGCAUGGUCAUGGACGUCGCUCGUACGUCCAUGAUGCAUGCGGCUGCCCCCCAUUUUCUGUGGCCGUUUGCGGUUCGGUACGCGGCGCAUCAGAUCAACCUUCACCCCAGGGUCUCCCGGCCGGAGACCUCCCCAGCUCUGCUGUGGACGGGGAAGGUCGGCGAUGCGUCUGCGUUCCGUGUCUGGGGAUCUCGGGCGUUUGUCCGCGACUUGUCUGCGGACAAGCUGUCCCCUCGUGCUGCUCCCUGUGUCUUCCUCGGCUUCCCCCCUGACGCCCCAGGGUGGCAGUUCUACCACCCCUCCUCUCGUCGUGUUCUGUCCUCCCAGGACGUCACGUUCGACGAGUCAGUCCCCUUCUACCGCCUCUUCCCCUACCGCACUCCUUCCCUCCCCCCGCCACCGCACUUCCUUGUGCCAGGUCCCCCCCCGGUAGACCCCCUUCCCCCUCAGGGUCCUGCCCCUUCAGGUGUGUCCCAGGUAGACGCAGUCGAGCCGGUCGAGGUUGCUGGUGACUCUGGUCCUGCUGCGGGUGCUGAGCCUGGGGGUGCUGACUCUGGGGGUGCUACGCGCGUGGGUGCUGAGCCUGGGGGUGCUGAGCCUGGGGGUGCUGAGUCUGGGGGUGCUGAGCCUGGGGGUACUGUGACUGGGGGUGCUGAGCCUGGGGGUGCGGAGUCUGGGGGUGCUGAGCCUGGGGGUGCUGCGACUGGGGGUGCUGAGCCAGGGGGUGCUGCGUCUGGAGCUGCUGAGCCUGGAGCUGCGGAGCCUGCGGCCACUGGACCUCCCCUUGUGGCGUCUGGCGGUGCGGGACCUGGCGGUUCUCCGGGUGCUUCGCCUCGGCGGGAGCCCCUCUCUCCACAGGAGCUGCGCGAGUGGUUUGCUCGCCGCUGGAGACGUACUGCUGGAGCUGGAGCUCCUUCGACUGCUGAGGGUACUUGUGCCGCUGGUCCCGGAGCUGCUGGGCCCUCGGGUCCGCCUGGAGCUGGAGCUGCUGCGGGUGUUGGUGCUGAGACUGCUGCUGUCCUUCCUGGCGGUGGUCCUGCUGCGGGUGCUGCUGGUGCUGCUGGAGGUCCUGCCGCUGGAGGUGCUGUUGGCGCUGGUGCUGCUGCUGAGGGUGCUGUCCCUGCUGUGUCUGGAGUCGCCGCGCGGCCUCGGCCGUACUUCGUUCCACUCCUACAGCAGGUUCUUGGUCUUUCUCCUCCUGCAGCGUGUCCACCGCCUGUUCAGUCACAGUCCCAGUUAGAGCCCGCCUCCCCACUUCCUGCUCCCUCUCCUUACACUGGUCCCACUGGAGGUCUUGCUGAGCGUCGUGAGCCUGCGUCUCGUCCUGCGUCGCCUGUUCGUGCUGCUCGCGCUAGUGGUCGCGGUUCGCGUCAGCGUCCUCCUCCUGUCCCUGGCACGCACCGGAUGUCUUUGCGUCCGUCCACUGCUCCUCUGCGUGCCCCUUUGCCUUCUCCUCCUGAGUCCUCCCUUCCUGCACUUACCGACCCAGAGUCCGACUCUCUUCGUGCUGCUAGUCCUACUGUCACACGUCUCCUUGCUACUGUCGUCACUGACCCCUCUUUUGAGUCCACUGCUGCGUCUGCGCUUGCUGCUGAGCUCGUCGACUUUGCUGCUCGCUGUCGUCUAGACUACGCUGCCGGUCUUGUUACUGAGUCUGCGUCUGUCUGUCCUCCGUCCGUCGGGGGUGAGUGUGCUCUUGGCACGGACGUCCUUGAGGACAGGCAGGAGGAGUUCCAGUGUCUGGCUGCUGCUUCACCUCAUCUCGCGUCCGUACUACUUGCCCCUGAGGGAGACCCGGAUGCACUAGACAUCCCGACUCCGCGCUCUUACGCGGAGGCCGUAGAGGGUCCCUACUCCUCUCAGUGGCAGGCAGCUAUGGAUGCAGAGAUGGCGUCCUGGAAGUCCACAGGCACCUACGUUGACGCGGUGCCCCCUCCUGGGGCGAACAUCGUCAGUGGCAUGUGGAUCUUCAGGGUGAAGCGGCCGCCGGGCUCUCCACCUGUCUUCAAGGCGCGGUACGUCGCUCGUGGCUUCAGUCAGCGGCAGGGAGUUGACUACUUUCAGACCUUCUCUCCCACCCCGAAGAUGACCACUCUUCGGGUGCUGCUGCACAUAGCCGCUCAGCGCGACUACGAGCUCCACUCUCUUGACUUCAGCACUGCUUUCUUGCAGGGUAGCCUGCACGAGGAGAUCUGGCUGCGCCGUCCACCUGGCUUCACUGGGACUUUCCCUCCUGGCACCCAGUGGAGCCUCCGACGGCCAGUCUACGGUCUCCGCCAGGCACCGCGUGAGUGGCACGACACACUGAGGACUACGCUUGCGGCUCUUGGGUUUGCUCCCUCUACUGCUGACCCGUCGUUGUUUCUGCGCACCGACACUUCUUUGCCGCCGUUCUACAUCCUCGUGUACGUCGACGACUUGGUCUUUGCCACAGCUGACACUGCUGGACUAGCCUACGUGAAGUCCGAGCUGCAGAAGAGACACACGUGCACAGACCUGGGUGAACUGCGCAGCUACCUUGGCUUGCAGAUCACUCGGGACAGAGCACGCCGCACCAUUACCUUGACUCAGUCACACAUGGUGCAGCAGGUCCUUCAGCGCUUCGGCUUCACGUACUCCUCGCCUCAGGCCACUCCUCUGUCUACUCGCCACUCGCUCUCAGCUCUGCCUUCGGAUGAGUCCGUAGAGUCGAGUGGCCCGUACCCAGAGCUUGUUGGCUGCCUCAUGUACCUGAUGACCUGCACACGACCUGACCUUGCAUACCCUCUUAGCAUUCUUGCACGCUAUGUUGCUCCUGGGAGACACCGACCAGAGCACAUGGCUGCAGCGAAGAGGGUGUUGCGCUACUUGUGCAGUACGUCGGGCAUGGGGCUAGUGCUUGGAGGGCGGAGUCCAGUGGUCCUCACUGGGCACGCGGACGCUUCUUGGGCUGACGACCAGGCUACGCAGCGGUCGUCGCAGGGUUACACCUUCAGUCUUGGUUCCGGCUCUGUCUCGUGGCGGGCUACUCGCUCGUCCUCUGUUCUCGGCUCCAGUUGUGAGGCUGAGAUCUACGCCGGGGCCAUGGCUGCACAGGAGCUUCGCUGGCUCACCUACCUGCUGACUGACCUUGGAGAGCAGCCUCGUUCUCCUCCAGUGCUGUACGUAGACAACAAGGCCAUGCUGGCCUUGUGUCGAGAGCAGCGCUUGGAGCACAGAACGAAGCACAUUGCUCUCCGUUACUUUCUUGCUCGUGAGCUGCAGCAGCGUGGUCAGUUGCGACUUGCGUACGUGGCCUCUGAGGCCAACACUGCUGAUGUGUUCACCAAGGCACUUGCGCCUUGUGACCAUCAGCGCUUCUGCACUCAGUUGGGUCUUGUACCUGUCUUGCCUCACUUGCUCUCCUCUUGA